GCUAGAUCUUGGAGAACGCCACAGGUCAGAAGGGGUGAGCUGACGAAAAUAAACUUCAGUGUCAACUAUGAGAAGGGUGAGAUGCGACUCAUCAAGCAUGAAAUCCGUCGAAGAGGCAGCAAGAUUGUUAGGAUAAGCCAGGCCGAUGUUCUUGUCAUUGACCGCUAUCAUCUCAGUAACACCAGAUGGAUAUGCCUCUUCAUGUGACGAGCACGAGAUUCAUCGCGCGAUCAUGCACUCUACCAAAAGGGCUAAGCCGGCAAAAGUAAAGAAUGGUGACUUGAUUCAAGUGAAAAUGGUGUUCAGAGAUGGGAACCGCGCAGCCGCUGUCAAACGCUGUCAAUGGCAAGCCUGGCGUAACACGAACCCUACGAGUCCCUGCAGCCAUUAGUUUCGGACAGUUGACAGAUGUUAUCAACACUGCUUUUGGAUGGCAGGGAGACAAGGAGUGGGACUACCUCAUUGCCACCAAUGCAGGCAAAUGGUCAAAUGUUGAGCCUCCACCAUGGCAAUUUAUCGCCAGGGUCAGGAAAAUUAUUACACCAAACAUCGCAGACCGCAGCGUGCUAGAUGAACCAGAGGCACUAAUAAGGGCAAGGGAAAUCAGAAUCUUUGAUGUCUGGGUUCGUCACCAACCGCGGCAGUGCCAAAAUUUACAAGUCUGCUGCAACUACCACUCUGGCAUCGAGUGGGUCCAUCAGAUCUCUUUCCUCGGCGAGGCCAAUGACAGACUCUUCGAAGCGUCAAGGACAUAAGAAGACCGGAAGUAUUGGUGCAUCAGCGGCGAAGGACAUGCACAUCCCGAAGACCAUCCUGGUAAACUCGAUAAGUGGAGAGGUAAGACUAACUUGUGGGCUUGGGAUAUGAACAAGAUCAAUAGAGAACUUGCCGUCUUGGAGGGGAACACUUUGCAUAUGUAG